ACCUAUGCUAAUGAAGGAGGAGAAGGAUGGCUUUCCAAACUUCUUCAUGUAAAGAGGGUUGAGCCAGCAACAAAAUCUCAUGCUAUGGCUUUGACUAACAAGGAUAUAGUCUAUGAAAUGCAAGUGCACAACAUCAAACCAGACUGCAUGGGUGAUUAUAUUAAACUCUCAGAUCAUCAUUUGAGGAGGGUCCAUGAGAAAUCAGAUUACCCUUGUGAACUAUUUGGAAGCUGGAGCACUGCUUUUGGCCCACAAGAUCAAGCAGUUCACAUUUGGAUGUACAAAGGUUUUGAUGAGGUAAAAAAGAUGUCAGAACUGCUAUGGGAAGACAAGGAUUAUCUGGAAUACAAGAAGUUACGUGGUGAGAUGUUGGUUGGUAGGAGUAAUCAACUUCUCAUGCCUUUCUCAUUCUGGGGCGAUCCCCCUCAGAGAGAUACAUCACAUCUUUAUGAACUCAGAAGUUAUCAUCUCAGGCCUGGAACAUUAAUCGAAUGGGGAAACAACUGGGCAAAGGGAAUCGUUCAUCGGAGGGAACAGAGUGAAUCAGUCUUAGGUCUCUUUACACAGAUAGGAGAUCUCUAUCUUGUUCAUCACAUAUGGGCUUACAAAGAUCUUCAGACUAGGAAAGAGAUCAGAGAUGCAGCGUGGAGAAAACCUGGUUGGGAUGAUUGUGUUGCAUAUACUGUGCCUCUGAUCCGACGUAUGGAAACCAAGAUAAUGAUCCCUCUACCUUGCUCACCGCAGAAGUAGUAACUCAUCUUUAAAGAUGUUCCGUUGUCUGGAUCAUCGGUGUUGUGUGUAUGAGAAGCCAAUGCAAUGGGUGGAAAGUGUGAGAAUUCACAAAUCUCUGCAAGCCUUGCCAAUGAAAGAUUUGAGAAUGUUUGGUGAUACUAUUAUAGGUCUAUGCCUCUUGUAGUCCUGUACUUAUACCAUCCUAAUGCACCCCCACACCCUUCUCUCAUCGCCCCUCUUUUUGCCCUCUACCCCUCUCUUUAUAAUGUGUUUAUCAUGUUUUUGUUCUCUGUCUAUCACUUCUAUAUUCAUCUUCUCUUUCUGUAUAAUCCUCUAUUGUUUCAUAUCUUUCUAUCCAUCUGAGUCUUUCUUCAAAGCUCUUUUUAUCUUUCUGUUCAUCGUUUCCCUUUCCUUGACAAUUUGUCACUCUGAGUUGUGUAAAGAAGAUACUCAGCAGUGCUAUUCAAUUAUUGAUUCAUCAAUUGUAACUCUUGACAAUUGGGAAGGGAUUUAUGGUAAUGCAUAAAAGCAAAGACAUUCAGUUUGACUUAGUAGGCAUUGAUAUUUGAUUCCAUUCUCUUGGCCUAAGAGACAUGCAAAAUAUAUGAAAAUCUGAAAUGCAGGGUUUAGGGGGUUCAUUCAUCAUCACAGUCUCGUUCAUUUGUGUAAAGGUGAAUUAAUGCAACUUACUCUGUUGUAAUUGAAAGGAAACAAGCUUUGUGAACCUUGUCAUUGCAUGGGGAAAGAUAUUCUAUAUAAGAGUUUGGGGCUUUUAAACUAUAUGUUAUAUGAUCAAAUUAAUAACAAUAAAGAAGAUUUGUAUUUUGUCAGACUUUAAAUGUGAUUAAUGACAGAUUUUAUGUCGGCUGGCCUGAAGUAUUUGUUUUAAUUUUGAAUAUUUGUAGAGGCAUGUGUCAUAAAUUUGCUAAAUUCACUAUCUUUGCUUAUUGGAUUUUUCUGUAAACUGGACAAAUGCACAUUACAAACGAUAUCCAAUUAAAAAGCAGUUUAGGUUUUAAUCAUCAUUUUCUCCGUCUUUUUACUUCUGGAAGAGAGACAAUUAAUGGUAUGGUAUAUACAUGAGAAAUUACUCUGAGAUAUAAAUGACUGCUUAACCAUAUCUAGGCCGGGGGGGCCUCCGAGCCCCCCCCCCCCUCAACGAGUGGCGCAAUAAUUUCGCCGCACAAAAUUUUUUGGCCGCGCUGCUCGCUGACUUUUUACUUUAAGUCUUGCGCAACUUUUGAGACCAAUUUUGUGUCACCUGGGUACGCGGUUCCGAAAUUACGCAACGUUAUGUAAGUGCAUGUCAGACCAAAAAUUGCUCAAAAACGUGAUUUCGUGUACAAAGUCAAUGUAAAUUGUGUUUUCAACCAAAAAUUAUAAAUGUAUCAUUAUUUUUAGUUUUGCUGGUCUAAAUCCAUGUAUUUUAUGCUGUUUAUGAUCUUAGAAGAGUUCCCAACGAAUUUCAUUGAAAAAACAAUGAAAAACAAAGGGUCCAAAAAACAAUGAAAUACAUAAGAAAUUGCAAAAAACAAUAUAAUACAUUAGAAAUUGAUCUGAUAUCAAAAUUUUUUCAAGGAAACUUGCUAAGAACACCACAAAGAGUUUCUAUGCCAAAAAUUAGAACAUUUGGAGCUUUAUUUAUGAAGUUAGAGGAUAAAGUAUGAUUUCGCAUACUAAUUACGCAUAAAUUAGCAUAAUUACUUAAUAACAAUUCGCACGAAAUAAAUUACUAUACAAUUUUGUAGAUUAUAUCCCAGACAACCUGCAUGCCAAUUUUCGGCGCGAUCGCGCGGUUUACAGCCGAGUUCUCAAGGGGGGGGGCCUGGGAGGCCCCCCCCCCCCCGGCCAUAUGAACUCUCAAAAUACCCCGGCCUAGAUAGGGUUAAAACAAUGAGUUCAAAAUUUGAAAAUGUGAAUGAAAUAAUGUUGUCCUCUAAGUAUAUGGAGAUUUGGUUGUCUAACAUGUAGGUUAUAGACUAAUACCAGUUAGUCUAAUUACCAGAUCAUCUUUACACAAUUAUGGCUUACCCAUUUGGUCUAUGAUUUGUUUUGUCAAAUUGUUGUGUGAUCCUGUUAUCACUCUGUCUAAUAACCUAUUUGGCUAAUCCAUUUAUUAAUCAAAUGGCCUGAUUGCAACUUGUCCAAUUCUUUUCCAUUUCAUCUAAUGACCAUGUGGUUCAUUAUAGGUAUGAAAAAGUUGGAUUUGACCAAGUAGCAAUUUAUCAAUAUGUAGACUACGCGUAUGUGACAUGUUUUGAGCAAGGAGGGCUUUAUCCCAACCAGAAUAUAAUGCUCUUCAGAUUUUGAAGACAUUUUAUUCGCAAUUUAUCAUAAAAAUGUGUAAUGUAAUAAUGCACAAUAUGCAUGGAAUACAAUAGCUUCUAAAGGUUUGUGGUGUUAGAAGUUUUUCCUUGAUUUUUUUAUCAUUCAUGUACAUUUUAAUUAGAUAUAAGGACCUUUUCUAUUUCUCAAGCCAGAGAUUGGGUGCCAUAGUACUUGCAUUAAACGAUUUGAUAGGAGGCAUUUAAUGAUCAUGUUUAUGCAUUUCAACUUUGUAACCAAUGUAUUGAACUAAAGUUUCAAGACUGUAAGAGUUAUAAUAUGAGAGUAUUUUUCAAAUUAUCCAAUUAAAAAAAAUGGGAAUGCAGCAUUCAGGUAGGAUUUGAAGUGUUUAUACAAUACUAGAGUGAAUAUAUGUUGAGAAUGAAAAGUUGUUUGUAAUGGAUGGUAGACAGUAGCAAUACAUUGGGCACAUUGUAAAUUGAAUACCACCGAUGAUUGUCAUGAAGCUAUUGUAAUGCUGGCAUCAAGAUUUAUCUUGCUCAACCCCUUUCAAACUUUUGAGCUUACAUCUAAUUGAAUUCUUGAAUCGCUUUUAUGACAAAUGAGAAGCUGGAUGUAAUAUAACUCAUGUACUUUUAUAUUAGUUUCAUCAAUAUUCAGUGAUUUUGAGUGUUUGGACUUUUGAAAUGAAAUAUAAAGAUGGAAAGUAUAAAUUGUUUAUUAAAAAUUCAAACAAAAAUGAAAGUUUGACUUUACUUCCAUACUGUUCUUGGUCAUCACUUUUUUAAAAAUCUAUGUUUAUGCAGAAUAAUGUAUUCCUAUAUUUUUUCAUUUGUUUCAUGUAUCAGAUACAUCAAAUAACUAAAAUAACUGUCUUGAUUUUAUGUCACCUUCAAAAAGCUGGCAUAUAGUUUCUAUAAUAUAUAUUUGAUCAUAGAGUAUGAUGAUUUACAGAAGAAGAAUAUGUGUGUGUUAUAUAAAUACUGUUCCUUCACAAACAUAAUUUUCCCCAAUAAAUAAGCUAUUUUAGGUUGCAUUUUUAGAAAUAAUAAUGAUAGAGUUAUUCUAUCUUAUCGCAGUUUAUUGUGAUCACUGAACAUCACCUUUACCGAUUAAAAUAAAAUAAGGUAUAUACAGCAUGCGACUAAGGGAAUAUUCAGUUGGGUAAAACAAAACCCUUUUUUUCUUUGUUUUUGCCUAUUACUUGAAAGGAAAUAAUUAGUUUUGAACUAUAUUUUAUUACUUUUAAGGGAGAUAUUCUGCAGCUAUCAUGUGAAACAUGAUGUAGAAAGUCUCUAUCAUUGUAUUUUGUAAACUAUGUGUGAGCUUGGGAUUGUUAUUUAACAAGGAGUUACAAAUUAUAGCUCAGAUUGCUGUUUUAAAGCAGUUAUAUUGAAAAUAUUGAAUAAAGGUUCAUAUUUGAAUUGA